GACCACCAGGCAGAGGGAAGGAGGGAGCUCGGGACCACCAGGCAGAGGGAAGGUCGUGGCAAAUUCGCCCACAUGGAAGACUGAGCUUCUCCGUGGCACCUGGUUUCAUCACUGAGCAAGCAGCUCUCAUACCUUCCUUUCAGUGACAGGGAUUAAGACAUUGAACUGAGAGUUCGUGGACGUUGCCACUGGAGACAUUGCCCUGGGUUCUGACUGGAGUGGCUGUGGUUCUCCGUCUGCUGCCUCCAGGCCACCAGGGAGUGGUUUGGAGGUCGGACCCCUUCCUUACAUUCCUUAGUGGUGGGCUCGGCCUCACCCUGAGGCUCAUUGCUCGCCCAUUGGGCCCGUCGCCUCCGGGCCUGAGCUGAGGUCUGCCCGGGUGCGCUGACUGAGCUGGCUGGAGCUGGAGCCCCUUCCCUCUGCUCUCUGACUUGCUUCCACCAUGCCCGUCAGAGCUCCCCCCUCACGCAUCGCUUCCCCAAAUGCCUGUCAUCCACUUCCUCUGAAAAGCAACACCCGCUAGCUCCCAGAAGCAGCAUAACUAACUGCUUUUGCCCGGACACCUACUACACCCAAUCAUUUUAAGGUGUGUGUACCUGCGAUAUCUCAUUUAAUUCAAUUCUUCCAACAACCUGUGAUACAUACACACCUGUUCUCACUCACAGAUGAGAACACUGAUGCUCUGGAGGUCAGAGAAGGCCUUCAGAUGGUUGCCGGGGACUACUGAUUCCAGGGCACCCCUUGAAGAACAACUCGGGGUGUGUCCCCUGCCCUGGCUUGUCCGGCGGAGCCCUGAGUGGCACGUCCGCUGUCUCAGCCUGGCCUUGCUCUUGGCAGGCGUCACCCUCGCCCCUGAGGCAGGGCCUUUUCCUCAGAAGCCGCGUCCUGCGUUUAGGAAAUGUCCUUUCAGAUGAGCCCCCGGGGUCGGGCUCUUGCUGACACGGAUGGGACGUGACCACGCAAUGCGUGUCACUCAUGAGAGUAAACACCAGGAGAACGGGCAGGUGUCGGCUCUGUGUAAGGACAAGAGUUCAGUUUCAAUAAAUCAUCGCCGCAUUCACGAUGCCUGACAAUUCUUCCCUCUAAGAGUCUCUGACGAGAGCUCUAGAGAGGGGGUCCCGUGGCCGCUGGCUUCCUGCACAAACCGGUUGUUCUCCGGGGUCGGGCGUCUCCCCUUUGCGCUCAGCUGACCGAGGGCCGUGACCGAAGUUCGCGCCCUGAGGAGCCAACAAGGAGUGCAACGGUCAGGAGCCUCCGUGUGCUGAAUUCGGCUGAAAAAUGGCACGUGAUCUGUGGCUGGGUUUGAAAGCGUCUCCGGCACCUCCGGAAAUGUCUGCCUUAAGUGGGAGAGUGCAGACCGUCCUGGGCCCGGUGGAGCCGAGCGCGCUGGGCCGCACGCUGACCCACGAGCACCUGGCCAUGGCCUUCGACUGCUGCUUCUGCCCGCCUGCCCCCUGCCACGCCGCCGCCUCCAGGGAGCCCAUCAGGAUGGACAAUCUGUUCUGGAUUCAGAAAAACCCGUAUUCCCACAGAGAGAACCUGCAGCUGAGCCAGGAGCGGGAGGCCGUCCGGGAGGAGCUGCUGCACUUCAGGGCCGCGGGCGGCGGGGCCGUGGUGGAGAACACGACGGCCGGGAUCAGCCGCGACGUGCGCGCCCUGCGGUGGCUCGCCGAGGAGACCGGCGUGCACAUCGUGGCUGGAGCCGGGUUUUAUGUGGACGCCACCCACUCGCCAGAGACCCGGGCCCUGUCCGUGGAGCAGCUCACCGACGUCCUCAUCAGCGAGAUUCUCCACGGAGCUGACGGGACCAGCAUCAGGUGCGGCGUCAUCGGAGAAAUUGGCUGCUCCUGGCCCUUGACCGGCAGCGAGAGGAAGGUCCUGCAGGCCACGGCCGAGGCCCAGGCGCGGCUGGGGUGCCCGGUCAUCAUCCACCCCGGGAGGAAUCCGAGCGCCCCGUUUCAGAUCAUCCGAGUGCUGCAGGAAGCCGGCGGAGAUGUCUCCAAGACGGUCAUGUCCCAUCUCGACAGGACGGUCGUGGAUAAGAAAAAGCUCCUGGAGUUUGCUCGGCUUGGCUGUUUCUUGGAGUAUGAUCUCUUUGGCACAGAACUUCUGAAUUACCAGUUCAACCCAGAUAUUGACAUGCCUGAUGAUAAUAAAAGAAUUAGAAGCGUCUCCACACAAGGGCCCAGCCCGGAGGCCGUCCCCGCGCCCAGGAGCCAGGUGGUCUCCCGGGGAGUCCGAAGGUGACUGUCCUCAAGUCUCCCCUGAGUUGAUUAGUCUCCCGGUUGUUGAGUUAAGGAGCACCUCGGCCCUCUCAUUCUUUCCCUGCUUCUUCCCGAGUCAACAGUUCUGUGCUUCAGGAUGUGACCCAACGUCUACAGCGACAGCUCGUCUGUGCAUUCAGGACAUACUGUGUGCCUUUUAGUAACGAGGUGUCAUUUGACUCAGACAAGAAGAGACACAGACCUUGGGAAGCGCUCAGGAAAUGCAGGGGCUGGCGCGGGCCCUGGGGUCGCCCGCACGGUGCUGUGUUUCCCGGGCCUGAGCCGAGGCCUCGCGACAGCGGGCGGCACCGGGCAGCAGGCAGCGGGCAGCACCGGGCCCGGCACGGCUGAUCCCUCAAACGGCCUGAUCACAGCUGCGGGGCCGGGCACCCUCGGCGAGGCCAGAGCGCAGGCAGCAGCCCCGGGGCUCGCCGGGCACGCGUGGGUUCCGGGAAGGCGCCUGCAGCGGUGGGCCUCAUCUUCACCUGUUCUGUACUUUAAAAUGCACAGUCUCAGGGCAGGGCCGCGGCCUUGAAUUUUCUGUGUGGAGCCCCACAUUUUGCUGACCAUAGUAACGACAUUCGACUCCUGGACUGGCCGCCAAAAAGUGCCUCCCACAUGUCGGCCUGUAGGACACGGCCGACUGUGCGUUUCUCCUGUCGGGACUGAGGGACUGACAGGGCCACACCGAGGCCCGUGGAGAAGCCACCGUCUCCAGGACGCCUCUCCUGCCGCCGGAGAGCUGCGGAAAGACGGCCCCGGGAGCGAGGCAGCAGACGACAGCUUCCCGCCCACAGCCCAGCAGACAGGCUUCAGUCUCCAGCCGAGAGUGGAAAGCUGCUCUUUAGCCAGCUGACUGUGCAUUUAAAGGACACGCUCAUUAUUUUAGCCAUCUUGUUGAGAGGAAGGAAGAUAAUUUUUUAUUGGCCAAUUAGUCCAAUGCUCGGAGACUACGACCAAGUCAGAAUUCCAGUAGACUUCAGAGGAGAGGGCAGAUGCUCGGACUACAGAGGCUCCCUUGCCUACUGUUUUUUAAAAAAUUAUCUGUUUUUAAUUGUGGUAAAACAUACAUACAUAAAAAUCACUUUACCCCUCUAAGUGGACACUUCUUUGACAUUAAGUACAGUGACAGUGCUGUGUAACUUCCACCUCUGUCUACUUCCACACUAUUUCCAUCCUCCCAAAGCAAAUCUCACACUCAUUUGGCAAUGACUCCUCAUCCCCUCCCCUCCACCCACUGUCUACCUCCUGUCGCUGCGCACGUGCUUAUUCUCGGGGUUUCACGUAAGAGGAAUCAUGCAGUGUUGACCCUUCUGUGUCUGGCUUAUUUCAUUUCUCUAAGGGCUACUGAUGUUGAGCAUGUUUUCAAAUGCUUAAUGGCCGUUUGAAUAUCUACUUUGGAGAAAUGUCUAUUCAAAUUCCUAGCCCAUUUUUGAGUACAUUUUUAUUGUGAAAUUUAACAUGUAUACGUAACAGUGGUAA